CGACCCCAACACAGAUGGGAAAAGGCUACACAGAUGAUGAUAUUAAAUCACAGAAUCAAAUGCUCACUCAGCCCAAAACCCACAUAAUGUAUGACUGUUUAAACUGCAUUUCUCCAAAACAGGUUUAUCCCCGACACACCAGAGCACAUAGUCACAACAUUCGAGCGCACAGCCUGCGUACGUUUUGCAAUACGAGAGUGAAAGCUCUCGGAAGAACUGACUGUGUCACUGCGCUGAGAGCAACGUCACUCGCUACACGACACCGGCAUAAUGGGUGCCUCCCAAAGCGAGCACACAAAGUCAGAGAAGGCUGAACUAGUGAGGAAAAUCAAGGAGCGACUGGCCUCUGUGGACCCCGACAAGGCGAAGUCACUAGGAGGAGUAUUCCUCUUCAACAUAUUUAAAGGAACCAGCGUUUAUUGUUGGACCAUGGACCUCGACCAACUGAGGGUCUACGAAGGUGAACCUGACCAGGACCCGGACACCACGGUCACCAUGAGUGAACACUACUUCAAACAAAUGGUGACGGGCAGGGAAGACCCCAAGGUCAUCUUGCAAGCUGGACGCUGUUCCGUCACAGGGAACGUCAUGAAGGCGAUGCAACUUGAACCUUAUAUUAGGUUAGAUUAGAGUUUGUUUUAGAGUGUUUUUGUAAGUUAUUGUUAUGGCGUUUUGGUGUUUAAGAUGGAGUUUGUCUUUGGUUUUAUGUGGAAGUGAUGGUUCGUGCUUUCGUCUCGGUUUGCUCACAUAACAUAGUUAUCUAUUGAUUCAUAAUCAUUCAUAAAGUUCAUUUUCGUCAUCAUCAUCAUCAUACAUUAUCAUUAAUUCAUCAUCCAUGGACUUCGAAAUCAUUAUUUUAGUUACCUAUCACUCGAUCUUACCACAUGCUAAUACUCUGUUCUCUUAAGUUCGGAACUUCGGACUUCUGUUUUUUGUUUAGCGUAAGAUUAUCAUUAGUGUUAGGAAUACUGUGAAGACAAAGGAUAGGCUGUUGUGCUACAAUUUUAAAGUAUUAGUACCAUAGAUAACAUGCUUUUGUAGCUGAAUUAAGCACUAAGUUAUACGUUAUACGCACAUAGUUAUAACUUAUAAGUUUGUUAAGCUUUAAAUAAAUGUUAAUAUGUU